CAUGUCACUGAACUUGUUAUGUGUUUUGCUUAUUUUUUAAACUGACUUCAAUGUUUUACUUUUUAUCUGAAAAGGCAAUUAAGUGUGCUAGUUUUACUCAUACAGUCUCUGGUUUUACUCCAACUGUUUUAAAUGCUAACUGCUCCAACGAGGGACUGGGCAGCCUACUGUUUAAUCGUAUCAUGCAUUGCUUUAUCGUCAAACAGCAACAUUUAUUAUUCUUUAACAUCUCGUUCAGUAUACAUUCUGUGUCGCAGUAGCCUACUGUGGCAAGCAGCCUAUCCCCUAGUAGUUAUAUAGGCUACUCGGAAAACACAACUACACGACUCGUUUAACGGGAAGCCUAAUGUUAGCUACUUAUACAAGCUAGCUAGUCUGCUAAUGCUAACUUUAUUCGAAAAUGGAAAACAAGUUGCUUAGCUGCACUGCUUUCCCACCGUGAACAACACAAGUUCAGCAGUAAACAACAGCAGAGAGUUGUAUUCGGAGCAUUUUGAUUAUAUUGUGCCUGCAGAGUAACAUUUUUAUUUCUCAGCAGUGUUUACAUUCUUUAUUGUGUUACUGGCCCUGGUAUUUAAACUUUUCCCGGUCAAUAACUUUGACAUAAUGGCUAAAUUAAUGAAGGCCAGCAGCCACAUAUAAAUGGUUAAUCAUCUUAUCAAGAUGUCUGGAAGGUUGUUCAUCUUUUGGUUCUUUCUUUUUCAAUUUUAUGAAAGGGCAAUAAUGCUAAAAAAUGGCUUGACGACAGCAUUUUCAUUGAGUAUUGGCCAGUUCCUUCAUAUCAUCACUUUCUGUUCAGCCACCUCUUUUAUUUAUGAUAUAAGCUGUUUUUCUUCCAUAUAUAUAUAUUUUAUCUGUGUCAUGCUAUGUCAGUACUCUAUUUUGCUGAUAAAGCAAAUUGAAUUGGUGACCCCCUUGACACUCGGUAGGCUAAUAACAUGUUGAACUACUAAUUUAUAAAAUGCUCGCACAAAUCAGGCCAAACCUUUAAAUGUCCGUGUUAACCACUACCUUUCUCAACUCCUAAAAUCAUAACGGACCCCAACAUAAAUCACACCAAUUAUAAACAAACCAUUAUCGCUUGGUCUGUCCGAUAUCUAAUUGUAUAAGAGGCAACUGCAUUAUGCCUAUGUGAAAGGAUUUCUAUUAUUUAGUUAAGAGGGAAACUGCCACAGAGAACCCAACAUUGUCAUUUAUAAAAAGAUACAAAUCAGUUCUUACAGCAAAACCUUUGAGAACUACAUUCUGAGCUUCCUUUCCCCAUGUUCUAAGUUUGAACACAAGACAAAAAAAAAAUGAAAAAGGCCAAUAAGACUGUUAUAAAUGGUUCUGUGAAAGAUUAAACCCGUUACAUGACAAGGUAAUGGCAGCAAUCAUCACUGUCACCUUUGCAAAAUGCAAAUUAUAGACAUAUAAACAAACUUAAAAAAAAACAUGAAUUCAAGUGUAAUUUGGACUAACUUGAUAGUUAUAUGGUAAUCAAGAUUAGAUUAUCAGUAACAUAUUUCCUUCUUUUGAUGCAUAUUAUUAUAUGACACAUACACCACCAGUGGUACAAAGACAACAACGCAGAUAAGUGAGAGAAAGCAAUUCAGAGAGUAUUUUUCAGAGUUUAACAACAAGGAUGUGAGAUUCUUGUUGGUAUGAAAAAUAUUAUGCACCUCAAGUGUUGGCAAGUAUUAAUAUCUCUACCAGUCAUACUAAUAGUUAACUCUCAUUUCCUCUUGAAGGAACUAACAUCAGGAAACUUUUUUUGUGAAACAACAAUAUUUUUUAUUUUAUCCAGCAUUAAAAAUCUAGGAAAUGAUACAAUGAAAUGGCAAACAAGUAUAAUGUCAUUAGACUGCAAAACAAGUUCCAGUUGCAUAGAGUUUGGGCAAAAUAUCUUAGUGUCAUCACAACUUAAAAAACUUGUGAGGCAAAGGACUUCCUCAAAGGUUUCACAAUACCUAGAUGAAUGAUAGCCUAUAAAGGGCAGACAGCACAUUCUCAGACUUGCAUUCAGACAUGCAACACCAUCAAUCAUCCAACUUUAGUCAGACAGAAAGCACAAUGAAAUUGGAGGAAAUUAUCUACACUUUUUUUGAGGUGCUCAUUGCUGUUGGCUGCUGUCUUGGUAAUAUGUUGGUUAUUUUGGCGCUGUGGACCAGUAACAGCAUCCAAGAGCCCACCUUCAGUCUCAUUGUCAGUCUAGCGGUGGCUGACUUUUUGGUCGGCUGCGUUGCCAUACCGAUGGCUGUGGUGGUGGACGGACGAGUGCCCACUUCAUUUCAUGGCUGUCUCUUCAUCAGCUGUGUGGUCGUCCUGUUGACACUGGUCUCAGUUUUGUCCCUCAUGGCUAUUUCUGUGGACCGCUUCCUCCGGGUGUUUAUCCCUCUCUGGUACAAAAGGACUGUAACGCAGAGACAUUCUUGCCUUGUGGUCGCAGCAUGUUGGCUUGUUGCAAUACCACUGAGUUUGGCUCCCAUGCUUGGAUGGUACAACCAUGACACCCUGUCAGUGUCUGUAAACUCUACCAAUAUCUGCAAGUUUACAACUGUCAUGUCAAUGUCCUACCUGGUUUACUUCAACUUUGUUCUCUGCACCCUGAUACCUCUGUUGGUGAUGACUGGUCUGUACGGCUACAUUUUCUACACCAUCAGAGGAAGCCUUCGAGUCAAACCAGGCAACAGUGCCCAGAAUCAGUGUCAGAAGUACCUGAAGAAAGAGAAACAGCUGGCAGGAUCUCUGUCCCUGGUCUUGGCUCUGUUUGCCUUGUCCUGGCUCCCUAUCCACAUUAUAAACUGCAUUACUUACUUCAAUAGUAAGACUGUUGUACCAGUUGUAUAUAUCUAUGUUGGCAUCGUGCUUUCUCAUGCUAACUCGGCUGUAAACCCAGUUGUGUAUGCGUUCAAAAUACAAAAGAUCAAGACUGGGUACCUAAAGCUCUGGAGACAGUAUAUCUCUUGUGGAGAAAUAAAUCAAGGAUCUCAGAGAAGCCAGUCAACAGACAAUGUCAGUGACGAUGCUGACAAUAAGUGAAGGAAGAUAUCCUUGUUUGUGUUCACUUCUUUCGUUAGUAUUUGGGAUAAUAGCAUAAGAUGUAUUGAUACGGUAAACACAUCUAGCAACAGAAAGAGAUGUUAUGUUCGUGAAAACAGUCUUGCAUAGGAAAAGCACAACUUCCACUUUUCUUAGAGCUUUAGUUUAGUUUCACAUCACUGUUAUUUUUCUGUUUCUAUCAAGUUCCAGUUCUUCAUGUGUAUUUCAUCUUGAACAUACUAUUAAAUGGAAAUAACUUUCACUACCCUCGAAAGACAAUUUAACCUUCGAAACCAGUUCGGCCACAAUUAUCCUUGUUAUCAAUUGAAGAAACAUUGAUUUACUGCUUGUACACUUAAUAAUAAAAAUAGAAACCCAUGUAAGAUGAUACAUUCAAAAGCUCUGCAACACGUUUUUUUUGUUUUGUUUAGGCUAUCGUAUACAAGAACAAUGACCAAAGAGUACUGUAACUAAUCUCUGACAUUUGUGGAAGGAGGAAUUUAUUGUAGAGCUGUUGUAUUGGAUGUUAUUAUGUUACAUAGAUGUUCAAAUGUUUCUGUUCAAUAGGUUUCUAUAUCGCCAGAACUUAACCAACUAUUUCUACCACUUUGUGAAUUUGAAAUACAAAGUCACAAAAAGAUAUUUGCAGUGAACUUGGAGAGAGUUUAAUGAAUAGACCCCAAACCAUCAGCUUGUCAGAGAUACUGGCACAUGAUUUCAUUGGUACAUCAAUUUAAUUCAAAGAUGAAUAAACAUUUUCUUCCGCUGAGCAAUAUUUGUGUAAUUUGUUUUGUGUUUAUGUUUGUCUUACUUUGUUAUUAUGAAAUUCAGCUGAAGUGGUGUGGUUAUUAGAUCUCAAAUCAAAUGUUUACAGUUGCAUGUUUUUUUUUCUUCCUUAUUUCCUCAUUAGGAUCCACUGUACAGUGUAACAUUGUAUGUAAUGUUCUUAUAUAAAGUCUUUUAAUGAGCA